AUGCAAGAGCUUCUUCCAGUAGCAUUACGGGGUUCAUUGCCAGAUAAAGUCACUUCAGUGUUAGUUGAUCUUUGCAAUUUCUUCAAGCAAAUUUGUUCUAAGGUACUUAAUGUGGAAUUUCUAUCACAAUUGGAGUCUCAAAUAGUUAUCACACUUUGUCAGUUGGAAACAAUUUUUCCUCCUUCAUUUUUUACUGUUAUGAUGCAUUUGGUAAUUCAUUUGGCACACGAAGCCCAAGUUGCUGGACCGGUACAAUAUCGAUGGAUGUAUCCGCUUGAGAGGUUUCUUCUUACUCUUAAGUCCUUUGUACGUAAUAGAGCCCAUCCAGAAGGAUCAAUUGCAGAGGGAUUUUUGGCCAAUGAAUGUUUGACGUUUUGUUCGCAAUAUCUAUCUGGGGUAGAAACUAGGUUCAAUAGACCUAACAGAAAUGACGAUGAAGUCUCUGGAAGGCCAUUAGGGAUAAAGAAACAACAAAAGUUACGAUUAGGGAAGAGGAAGAAAGUGAGUAGAACUAAACUUGACAAGAAAGAGUUAGCACAGGCACAUAGAUAUGUGCUUUCUAAUUGUGAUGCAGUUGCUCCAUUUAUAGAAGAAGCAAUGGCUCGAAGAAGAAAGUUAAAUAUUCGACAUCGAGCAAGUGAUAAUGAAGGAAUUCAGUCUACUUCAAAUAAUACAAACUCAACCAAUGUAGAAGGAAGUAAUGUUGCAGAAACUCGUUCUAGUCCUUGUCAUGCAGAAGGUGUCAUACGUGAGUCUGUAGAAUCUCACUCAAUUCCCUCUGAUAUAGAAGUUGAAGAAGAACCAAUUGAAAAAGAAGUAGAGCCUAAACGGGCUAGAGGUCCUACAAAAAUGUUAGAUGUAUGGGAAAUGGAACAUGGUGAUUUAAUAAUCGUUAAUUUGGACAAAUAUGGUCGACCCAUUGGUGAGGAAGGGACAACUCUAACUCGUUUCAUUGGUAGCGUAGCUAGAAGGUAUCAAUAUGCUCCUAUCAACUACAAGUCAUGGAAAGUUAUGCCAAAUGAUUACAAAGAAGAAAUGUUGAAAUUAAUAGAGAGUAAAUUUGAGUUUGUUCCUCCAAUAAAUGACUUAACAAGAGAAAUGUUAAAAUCUGAGCUGAAUGAGAAAUGGAGGCAAUGGAAGGGUGAUCUAAAGUCAAUGGCAUAUAUGUUGAAGACAUGUUGGAGGCAAUGGAAGGGUGAUCUAAAGCCAAGAUAAAAGCUAGUUAAAAUUAAAUUAAUAAAAGGUUAAAUAUUUUAUAUGUUGAAGACAUGUUAUGACAAACUUCUAGACAAUAAAAUUCUUUAUAUUAAAACAAAAA